AUGACUCUAUCACAGCCGGGCUCGGCAGAAAAGACAAUCCGCAAAAUUGAUAUCGCCCAGGUUUCUCUCAGUUUGCAGGACCGACUGGGCCUUGCCAAACUCAAGUACCAACACGGUCGAUUGCAUGGGCUGAACCCGACCCAACAAGAUACUAAACCUGUACUGGACAGCGACAAGCCCUCCGAUUCCUCAUCCGACUUCUCACGCAGUCGCUGCGAGACGCCCUUCACCUCCCCUCCCCUUCAAACUUCCACCUAUUCCAAAGAGCUGCCUCGGUCCUCUCGCAACAAACAUGCCGUUACCUUCAACUCCUGUGUCAUGCAGCCGAUGCUUACUGCCAGUCGAAAGCGUGUCCGGGCUGACUCGGACUCGGAACGCCCUGCCAAGGCACCCCGGGUCUCGUGGAAGAGUUCUUACCGACUGCCAGAAUCCUCCCCUGCCAUGAGUCGACACCGUUCGAGCCGACGUACACAAGCCAGUUUCAUGUCAGAGGCGCCAAUUCCAGAGAUGUCCUCGCCUGUAUAUCCCAAGCCCUCAGACAACAUCGACCCCGACCUGCCGGUGCACAGCUUCCAGACCAUGAGUUCGAUGAUGGGCUCUUCUCCUCCACGAACCCCUCCACCAAAGCACAUGCGACUGUCACGGAACAACCAAGCCCAAAACCACGAGGAUGGCGCAGAUUUGCUACUCUACCUGGCCAAUUCCCCCACCCCUGCCCGAAUUGCAAGGGGUACCGGGAACCUGGCCUUCCCACCUUCCACCCCUCCUAGUCAGCAUGCGAUGUUGCCUGGCAUGACGCCUACGCUCGGUAACGGCAUGUAUGCCAACAUAAGCACUCCAAAUCAGCAAUUCAAUUUCGCCGAUUUCGUGAAUGUGACUCCCAGUCCCGCGCAACCGACCUGGGGUGGCCGUACCCCCGGCAACCCUGCUCGUACGCCACUCGCCUCCAACAGGAAGCGGUUGAACUUUGAUGCCCUGGUUCCUCCAACCACCUCCAGCCCUCGGGUACGGGGCAAAGAAGUCGGGCUGGCACUACAGCUCGGCGGCGAACUCCACCCUUGA